AUGAAGUCUCGAGCGUCUGACUCCAAAGGAUCGUCGCUCGGUGCUCGGUCCGCGAACACGCAACAGGCACUGUCGCUGCUUCGGCAGCUUGUUGAUUUGAUGGCCUCCGGCAUGGUUGCGAACAUGGAGGAUCUACCAGAGCUUUGCGAGCGAGCCCGUGAGACUGCCUGCGCAGUCGGGAAAACGAUACAGCGGCUCUGUGAGAACACCAUCUCUCAUCAAGAGACGGAUGGGCUGCGUAAUGGCUCUGCCCACUCCAAGAAACGCAGAGCUGUUUCCAAUAAGGACUUGACGUAUCGACCACCUGUCGCUGCGAAGAUCUCAAGUGCAAAGACCAAAAUCUUGGACAUCACCGACGUUGUACUAUACUCCGUUCAGGAUCCUGAAGAUAUUACCGAGCUGGGUGACAUGGUCACUCAUCCCUCCCAAGCCUCGAAUGACGUUGUCAGAGUUGGUCACAUCGCCAGUCGAAUCACAUUCAAUCAACAACCGUAUGUGCCACAGGAGGGCCGUACUCUGAAUUUUAGACCUAUGCCGCUUGAUCACAAUACGGGCCAGGCAGCCACUGUGGACGAGCACUUGGAAUCUGCUGUGGUUAAGGUUGGGUUUACUUCAGAAAGGAACAAAGCCGAAGCGGAGCAACGAUUGGGUUUCGGCACACCACUACUCCAACAAACUGGAAGCGCUUUAAUUGUGUUAUCCACGCAGAUACAAAUUGCAGCGUCCUUAGACCCAACGAAAGAGGUUAACGGAGUCAAGGUGGGGAUACCAGCUGAGAGCGUUGUUUAUUCAUCGGUAUCGGCGAUAAAUUCAUGUUUAACAGAGCCCGCCUCCUUAAUGGACAUGAUUCUUGAAGCUGUGCGCAUCAUCCAUCAAUUCAGCAAAUAUCCUUACGGGGUUCCUCGGGCUGUUCAUUCGAGGAUUCUGCAGUCCCUUGGGAAGAACUAUCCUGAGGCCAAUGACGUAUCCAGGGUGAACCAGUGGUCUGACGGUUCUAUGUGGAUGCAAGUGCUCGAAAUGGGCUCGUCGGAGAAUCAAAGAGUGACGAUCUUGAAUAUGCUGGAGUAUAUGGGAGCGUGGGAUGAUAACCAGAUCGAACGGUCACUGACAACAAUCCUCACCAAGAAGAAUAAACCGGUUGGUCGCCGAGGUGCUGCCAUCCAUGUGCUGAACGAAAUGCAGCACUUGUCAGCGGAUACGACUCGACUAGGAACAUGUCUUAGUGGCGUUAGGAGAAUUGACUUGCAAGAUGAGGGGAAUAGUACACAUCAUCUGUCCUCGGAUCGUGGCUUAAGUGUCGCUAAGCAAGACAAGCGGCUCCAGAGGAAGCGCAUCAGCAUACAGCUCACCAGAGGCCAAAAGUUGAGUACGAAACUUAUUAAGGGUUUGGGCCUGGGAAUCCUAUUUAGUCCCAAGAUCUAG